AUGGAAUACUGGUCAAUCUCAGUGUUAUCAAUCGUGAUUAGCGUUCUCGUUACUUAUUAUCUGUUCAGAAAGUUUAAUUUUUUUAAAAGAAAUGGUAUCAUCCACAUACCAUCUAUUCCAAUACUAGGUGCCAUGGUACCAAUUAUAUUUCGCCAAAUGUCAUUUGUCGAUUUCACCAGAAAAAUAUACAAUUUUAAUCGAGACGCAAAAUACAUUGGAUUUUACGCUACAACGAAGCCUGUUCUUAUGCUCCGUGAUCCGGAAGUGAUCAAGGAUGUUGUCAUCAAGAAUUUCGACACAUUUACCAAUAAUCCCGCUUUAGCUGAUACUAAUGACUAUGUGCUUUCACAGAAUCUGUUUGGCCUACAAAACGCAAAAUGGCGACACGUAAAAAAUCUACUAUCUCCGUUCUUUACGUCUCAUAAGCUGAAGACUAUAUUUACUUUGAUGUCGAAACAUGCUGCGGAUUUUGCUGAAUUGAUGUUAACACUGCCAGCGGAUAAAAGCGACGUUAAUAUGAAAGAUAUCUUCGAUAGAUAUACGAACGAUGUCGUUGCCUUAUGUAUUUACGGAAUGAAGAUCGAUUCUAUAAGAAAUCCGACAAACAAGUUUUAUGUUUGUGGCAAAGAUAUAACUUAUAUGUCAGCAAUACGCAGCAUAAAGAUAAAGAACGAGAUUGUCAUUCGCAAUGCUGAGCAUGUUUCACGUCCGGAUAUGAUACAAUUAAUGUUGGAUAACAGAGGUAAAGAGGGUCAAAUACAAUUGGAUGUGGACGAUAUUGUCGCGCAAGCCUACGCUUUCUAUUUCGCUAGCUUUGAAACUACUUCAAGCGUGAUGUCUUUUAUAACAUACAAAAUCGCAACUAAUCCAAGUAUUCGGGUCAAAUUGCGACAAGAGAUAGAUGAGCUCUUGAACGAAUCGGACGGAAACGUAACUUAUGAAGCUGUUAAUAAACUCAAAUAUUUAGAUGCAGUAAUAAAGGAAGCUCUCAGACUAUUUUCACCUUUUGUUGUGGAAAGAGUGUGUGGAAAAGCUUAUAAAUUGCCACCUGCAUUGCCGGGCGAGAAGUCUUUCACUAUAAACAAGGGCAUGAUUAUUUGGAUUCCGUUGUAUGCGAUUCAUCAUGAUGAAAAAUAUUACGAUAAUCCUGAAGAAUUUCGCCCAGAAAGAUUUUUAAAUAAUGAUCAGGACAAUAAUUAUCGGUCUAUAUUUUAUUUUCCAUUUGGAUUAGGAUCGAGAAUGUGCAUUGGCAGAAGAUUCGGUUUGUUGAUGAUCAAAGUUGUGCUAUUUCAUUUAUUAGCACGAUGUGAACUGAAACAGUGCCCCAAAACAUCGUCAAUUAAAUUCAGCGAGAAAAAUCUGCUAAUGAUGCCGAAGGACGGAUUUUGGUUGAAUAUUCAAUAUAGAAAUGACAAAUUCGAUAGAGAUUAG